CUGGCAGGGUGGUGGCGACACUUCCACCCAUCGAAAAACCACAAGUGGGGCUGGGCUGAAGGGAAAUGCUCCAGUCACUGGUUGGAGAAUUUUAUAUAAAUCUUGCUUCUUCUUCUUCACCCCCCCCCCCCCGACCCCGUCCCUAAUGGGACGGUUCUCCUGCUGUUUGCUUUAGGCUGAAUAGCGAGUUAAAAAAAAGUAAACUUGCAAACUACUAAAGUUGGUAACGUGAAGUAGGCGGGUGCAAAGACAACCGGGCCGCGGCGGGGACUGCUGCAGACUUACCGGCGUUGCCGAGCAACGAGUGGGCGCCAUGACCCAGGUCAGCAGCGAGGUGUUCGGGGCGCUGCCCGACGGGAGGCCGGUGCACCGCUUCACGCUGCGAUCCAGCGCGGUGACGCUCCGGGUGCUGUCGUUCGGCGCCAUAGUGACGGGCCUGGAGACCGAGGACCGGCGCGGCCAAACGGCGGACCUGACCCUGGGGUUCGACACCCUCGAAGGCUACAUUAACAAGCAUCCCUACUUUGGAGCAGUGAUUGGCCGUGUUGCCAAUAGAAUUGCAGGAGGGAAAUUCAGCAUAGAUGGGAAGGAUUAUCAGCUACCCAUUAAUAAUGGACCUAAUAGUAUACAUGGUGGCUUGAAAGGAUUUGACAAGGUCCUUUGGACACCUGAAGUGCUCCAAUGGAGUGAGGUUUUCGAUGAUAGUGCUGAUGGUGAAGAGGGGUAUCCUGGAGAGCUAAAAGUCUGGGUGACUUAUGUGCUGGAUGGAGAAGAACUGUCUGUUAACUACAAGGCCGAAACUACCAAGACCACACCAGUAAACCUGACCAACCAUUCCUACGUCAAUCUAGCUGACAUUUACAAUUUAGGAAAAGUAAUGAUAGGGGCAGUGGCCAUUGAUCGUUGGGGACUGUUUUUGGGAACCCCCAAAAUCUAUGACCAUGAAGUUUCUAUAAAAGCAGAUCACUACCUGCCGGUUGAUAAGACAUCAAUUCCAACUGGUGAAAUUGCCUCAGUGGUGAAUACUUGUUUUGAUCUGAGAAAUCCUGUAAUGCUUGGAAACCACAUUGAGAAUAAGCUAACAGAAGGCUUUGACCACAAUUUCUGUUUAAGCGUCUCAAAGCAACGAUCUCCUUGUGCAAGGGUGUAUCAUUGGCCAAGUGGCAGACUGCUGGAGGUCGAGACAACACAGCCAGGAAUUCAGUUUUACACUGCCAAUUUUCUUGAUGGGAGCUUGAAGGGCAAAGGAGGAGCUACGUACCCUAAGCAUUCAGCUUUUUGCCUGGAGACCCAGAACUGGCCUGAUGCUAUCAACAAGAAGAAUUUCCCAGAUGUAUUGCUGAGACCCGGUGAAGAAUAUAAUCACACAACGUGGUUUAAAUUCUCGACUAUGAAAGAGUAAUGCAAGCAGCUACUGUGUUGCCUUAUUUGAAUAAAAACAUUCUUAAACAAUGGAAAAUAAAAAUCACGCUCGGGUGGUGUGGGUUUGAUGGUGGGAGGAAACUUAACAUUUUAACAUAGGAAAACUGAAUCAUAUUCCCUGCUGUGUCCAUAAGAGGGAGCUUUUAUACAGAGGUGUCCAUACUUAAGUAGUGGUGCCUCUUCCUUAAGGCAUUUCCCAAGGUUCCUCUGAAAAUCCAUUUUUUGCAUGAAUUAUUACAGGAAAUCAGCAGCCAUAAGUGCUAUUGCAUUCUACAGGAAAGCCAAUGCUAUACCUGCCAGAAACUCAAGGCAUUACAUUUCACUUGAACCAAAACAAAGAACAGUUUUAGCCUUUUAAGUUAAUGUGCCAAAAGACUUUAGUAAAAGUGCAUUUUGCAAUUUGAGGCGAUCCAAAAUUUCAAUAAUUUUGCAGUUUGUAGAUUCUAUUGAUUACUGCUAAUUAAACCAAGCAACUUUGAAAUAA